AUGCAAUUUUCCACAUUAUUACAAUUAGCUAUGGCUACAGUUGCUGCAAAUGGUGCUGCAAUCAGUAUUAAUCCACUCGAUUCAGCAUUAUCGAGCCUCUCGACUCCAUCUGAUAUUCCAACAGGUGUCCCAACAGGUGUCCCAACAGGUGUUCCAUCUGGUAUCCCAACAGGUGUUCCAUCCGGCGCUCCAUGCAGUGAAUCCAGCGAUGCAAAACCAGCCAAGACUGGUGGCUUAUUUGGUGGUCUUUUCAAACGUAAUAAUAAUGAAGAAGGUCCACAAGCUCCAACAGGCGCCCCACCAAUUCCAUCUGGAGCUCCAUCAGGUGUUCCACCUAUCCCAUCUGGAGCUCCACCUAUCCCAUCUGGUGCUCCAUCAGGUGUCCCAUCAGGUGUUCAUCCAAUUCCUUCUGGUGUCCCAUCAGGUGUUCCUCCAAUUCCUUCUGGUGCUCCAUCAGGUAAUUCAUCAGUUAUCCCAUCAGGUGUUCCUCCAAUUCCUUCUGGUGUCCCAUCAGGUGUUCCUCCAAUUCCUUCUGGUGCUCCAUCAGGUAAUUCAUCAGUUAUCCCAUCAGGUGUUCCACCAAUUCCAUCUGGGGCUCCAUCAGGUGUUCCACCUAUCCCAUCUGGCGCACCAUCAGGUUUAAAUAAUAAUGAAAAGCGUGGUGAACAACAUGGAGCUCCAUCAGGUGUUCCACCUAUCCCAUCUGGUGUUCCAUCAGGUGUUCCACCUAUCCCAUCUGGUGUUCCAUCAGGUGUUCCACCUAUCCCAUCUGGUGUUCCAUCAGGUGUUCCACCAACUCCAUCCGGUGCUCCAUCAGGUGUUCCACCAAUUCCAUCAGGUGCUUCUGGCAAUAAUGAGACCCAAAAUAAUGGACAUCAUAAUGGAUGGAACAAACACCAAUCCACCAGAGUCUAG